AUGGGUGACGCAAUCAACUUUGGGCCUGCCUGGUUACGCAAGGUAUCGUCCGAUAGUAAUCCCACUAGUAACCAUCACAGUACGAACAGUAGCAGCAGCAGCAGCAGUCACCACAGCAGUCAUACGAUGCUGAACAACAAUAGCAGCAGCAGCACUGUCGUCAACAAUGCUGGUGGUGGUGGCGGCGUCGGAUUGCAUCAUCAGCAUCAUCCGCAUCAUCAUUCGCAGUCGCCGUCGUCGUCGCACUCUUCGUCGCAUCACUCGCAGCAUAGCCUGUCGCAGGGUGGCAGCACUAUCGGGAGUGGUAGCGUCGGCGGCGGCGGCAAUGGUACCGGCGGUAGCGGGCUAUCCAAUAGCUCGUUUGGUGGGGGUUCCGGUGGAGGCGGCAGCGCCCUUGUUAACAAUGGUGGAACCGGGUCGGGAGCUGUUGCCACUUCUACCGCUAUUCGGUACCCGUUGGCCGAAUUUCGUUACGGGCGUGAGGAAAUGUUGGCCCUGUUCGACGGUAGAACGAUUAAAACUCCGGAAAUAUUGGUGCAAUUUAAGCGUUUGUUCGUGGAUAAACCGCAACCACCGCUUGCGCUGACACCGUGUCCUGAGGAAGAAUUGAUCGUCGAACCGGAAUCGCGGCGCCCUUGGCCAUCGAGAAGUGUUUCGCUUGGUAUUCCUGGACGCGGUGCUCGCGGUGGUUCGGUCGAUCGCGGUCGUGGCCGUGGACGUGGCCUGUACACCAGCUAUCAACGGUCGUCCUCUUUCUACGAAGAUGAAUCCAGGGGCGUAGGAAGAGGUGAACGACCGUGGCUGGAUCGUAAUGGAACCGGCGGUAUCGGGGCCGAUACUGAGUGGAAUAAUUCGUCAUCCAGCCCUCGGAAGGAGUAUGGAACGCGAGCAGUUCGCACUGGCGGUCCCAUGGAAAGCUGGCGUCGUUCCCGUACGGAUGACGAAAGCGCCGGGAUCACCAGUAAUGGAGUUGGAGAUUGGCGUUCCGGUGGGGGCGCUCCGGGCAGUAUUACAGGCCUUGUGCGCGAGAAGUGGACUAGAUCUACUAGCUGGCGCGACGAGGACAGCACUUCCCAUCAUGGGCUUGACGGCCGUGGACUGAACAGUAGUGGUGGUGGAAGUGACAGAAUGAUCCCACCCUACAAAUCACGCCUUUCUGGUGGUAUCGGUAGCGGUGGCGAUUUGAAUUCCGGUCACUCGAUGGGUCCGGGCGGUAUGCGUCGCCCCAACUGGGACACGGAUGAGCUACCCGAGUGGGCAACCGAGAAUCCGUCAGAUUUUGGUGGCAGCUUUGACGCGACCGGCGCAUUUCAUGAUUCCGAUAAUGAUGGGGAGAACGGCGGCGGUGGUGGUGUUGGAGGUCCUGCCCCUGGCCGCUAUGGUGCGAAUGCUGGUGAUGCAAACGGCAACAAGGCACACAAUCAUGCGAAGGAUGAUGAUCGAUCGAAAGACAUUCGACGUCGAGCGGAAGAUGGUGAACUCGUGGAGCAGGGCAGUGAAUCACGUCGGGACGGAACGGAAGAUACGGCAGGCAAAAAUAGAAGCGAUGGCUCUGCUGCGGCAGCAACAGUGAAGGGUAGAGAGAUGGGAAAAGGCAUGAAUCAUGUCGGCGGUGGUGGUAAUCGAGUCGAAGAAGCAUCAAUGGUUGAUAGAAAAGAAUGUGACGAUGAUCAAGAGAACCAACAAUCGGGUGCCAAUGAUUCGCAACAAAAGCAAUCACGAAGCAAACGACAAGUGGGCAAAGAUGGAAACCAUCCUCAGGGUUCGGAGUCGUCUCCCGAGAAGGUUGCUUUGAGCGAAAACUCGGCAAAUGUCCAAUCAAGUCCGGGGAAAGGAAUAUCUUCUUCGCACGAAUCGAUUGAAUCUUCCAUUUCAUCCACGAUCAGUGGUGCGGCACUGGCAGAAGGUGAUGUUCGACAGAAUUCCCCGUCGUGGCAGGCGAAGGCAAACGAAGGCUCAGGCGCCAAAAACGCAACUGAACAGCCGACAUUAACUGGAGACCGCGAUAAAGGGAACGAUAUUGACCACAGCGAUGGUCAAAAACAUCGCGCCCAGCAGCAACAACUGCCGCCGCAGCACGAGAAACGUGUUGAGCCGAAAAAAUCACCAUCCAGUACAAGUGUCGAUCGAAUGCAAGAAGUGGCAGACGAUAUGGUUGCCCAACUGAUUAUGGAUGACGAAUUUCUCGCCACGGACGGUGAUCCAUCGGUGAUUUCCUCCAUCGCUGCCACCUCCGCUGGGUUAGCCGGUGCGGGUGGUAGCCUCGGGAAAUCGCCCGUCUUCGGUAUGUCUGCGGCGGGUGCCUCUGGCACUACUGCUACAAUGGCGUCCGGUAACAUGGGAUUAAAUAUGCUUCCACCGCUCAAAGGACUACAGCCAAUGCAGCAACUGUUUGGAAACGGGAACCUUUCUCGCGUCAAUCCACUACUGCUGUCCGAUCCAGUGACCGCCAACCGGGCCGCAAUGGCAGCAGCAGCAGCAGCUGCUGCAGGCGUAAAUUCUAUGGCACAGCUACACCAUCUAAUGGGCCCUCCGGCCCCACCGCGCGGUUCGGACAUCUGGUACUAUUGUGACCCACAGGGUAAAGUGCAGGGACCGUUCCAAGCGGCAGAAAUGACAGAAUGGUACCGAGCCGGGUACUUCGACGAGUCGCUUUCGGUGCGGCGAGAAUGCGAUGAGGUAUACAAUACACUUGGCACACUGGUUGCACUUUGCGGUGGUAUACCGUUCUUAAACUCAGCGGUCAUACAACCGUUCAAAGCGUCGGCUGGUGCGAACGUAGCAAAACAUUCGCCCCAGCAGCAACAGACACAACCCAACGCGGUGUCCCAGGGUCAGCAGAAACCGGUUACUGGCCCUGGUGCUAAUGGAAACACCGUAAUGCCUUCACCGAACCAACAACAAUCGGCCAGUCAAGGGCCGGGACAGCAACAGCAGCAGCAACAAGUCCCAUUGCACCCCGGAAGUGGUGCUGGUGGUUCCGGACCGAACAGUGGACCCAACGUGCCUGGGCUACAUUUCUUGCGCCAGCAAAACAUCGUGCUGCAGAAGCUCCAAAGCUCGGAAGGUUGGAAUUUACUUUCGCCUGAACAGCAAAAUAUGAUCAUCACACAGCAAAUGAAUCAGCUGAUGAACGCGGAUCCGUCACGCAUCGGCAUGAUAUCUCCUUCCUCAUCGUUACCGGGUGGAAACGCCGGGAAUAACGCCGGAACGAAUCAACAUCAUCAGCCACAACAGCCACAGGGCGGUGCUGGCAUUUUUAACGCCGGGGCUUCUGGUGGAGCAGCUGGUAUUAUACCAUCAGGCCCGGAUACGCUAGUAAAUUUGAAGCUGCGAGAAAUGCAACAACAGCAACCGCAGCAACAACCCCCAGCGCACGUUAUGAUGGAGCAAUUGCAAAAAUCGGUGCCGGGCAACCAUAGCGAUAGUGCGUUCCUGAAACUGCACCUUCCAGAGUUCAAUCAGUCAUCUCAAGCAACCGGAGUGAGACCAAUGCUGGGUAACAUGAACGUAGAUCCGACCACUGUAGCAGCUGUUGCUGCAAGGCACGAUCCACUCGGUCAGUUGAUGCAUGGCAUUGGGUUUAAUCAUCAAGCAGCGGGACAAAAUAUGGGCCCGCUCGGACCAACCAAUCUUUUGUUGAACCGCGGUGGACUGCUAGGAUCGGGAAGCAGUGGUCCUGCACAGCAACCACAACCACCAAACCAACCCCACCAGCAACAAUCGCACCCGGCGGCGGGUAAACCAGGUGGAGAAGAUCCGCUGCAGUCUUUGUUUAUGCAACUAUCAUUGCAUAAGAAUCAGCAAGCAUCGCAACAGAUUCCGAACCAUCAGCCACCGUCGAAAUCGGCAGGUGAAAUGAUGGGCGCACCAGCCGGCUGGUUACAAUCGGCUGCUGGGCAAGCACAGGCCGCAAAUGCUGGCACGGGACUUUCUGGAUUAGUGCCGCGGGGUCCAAUGGUUGGUGCGGGGUCUGGCUGGGGCGAUCUACCGCCACCCACGAGUGCCUCAUUUGCAUCGAUAAUGCAGCAGCAACAGCAGUCUCAUCUGGCACUCGCCGCUGGUCAUCAUCCCCUGCUGUUGGGUGGUAGUGGUCCAUCCAAUGAACCACAAGCACCAUCGGUAGUUUCACUCUUCAAGCAUCAUCAGCAGGCAGAAAAGCAACAACAAAUGGAGAAAGAGCAGCAGCAGCAACAACUGUUGCAACAACAGCAACACCAGCAAUUGCAACAGAUGCACCAAGAAAACGUGCUAGCGCAACAAAAGCAACAUCAUCUGCAACAAUCGCAACAUGUGCAAGAAAAUCAGCAACAUCCACAUAUACAGCAGCAACUGCAACAGCAUCAAAUGCAGCAAUUGCAGCAACACCAAGAACAAUUGCAGCUACAACAACAACCACAACAGCAACAACCACAACAACAGCUGCAGCAGCAGCAACAACUGCAACAGCAGCAGCAACAACAGCAGCAGCAAUUGCAGCAACAACAGCAAAAACAAGUGAAAGAGAAUCAAAAAAAGGAGAGCACUGCCAUAGAAUUGCCGCAGCAACAACAGUCAGGCAAUAAUAAAAAACAAAAUAAUAAACAGCAGCAAGUGAACAACCAUGCUGAAGCUGCGGAGGACAAAACGGCCACAAGCGUGUCGAUGCAGCAGAAUCAAAAGUCGAAAAAACCGCAAAAGAACAAUCAUGUUGCGGCGGGCAGCAAUAGCAACGGUCAAGUUACGAUAACCAGCGAGGAAGAAAGUGAGUUUAUAAUCGUGAAAAAAGAGAUGGAGGAAAAGAAGCGCCAAAAGGAGUUGAAAAAACAACAACAGGAAGAGCAAAAGCGGAAGCUAGCGGAGGAGAAGAAGAUGCUAGAGGAACUGGAAGCACAAAAGCGGGCAAAGCUGCUCGAGUCCCAGCGCCGUGAGGCGAUGAAAAUACAAGAGCAGCAGCAGCAGCAACAGCAACGCUCCGUCCCGAAAGCUGUACCGGCACCAUGGUCCGGAGCGAUGGCCGAGAUUGCCAACAGCAAGCUAAGCCUGACGGAGAUACAAAAAACCGAACGUGCGCUCUUGGCCCGCCGUGAGAACAGCAUGCGGGAGCAACAGGAGCAGCAGCAGAUGCUAGAGAUGCAAUCACAGCUGCUAGACGGUAGGCUGAAGUGGAACGCCCAGAACCUGAUGCCGGCUAAGGUGAAACCGUUGGCAGAGAUACAAGCGGAAGAGGCGGCCGCGGCUGAACGAGCUCGUGAGAAGAAUGCCAAUGCGUCCGGUUUAACGGUGGCUGCGAUUGCAGCUCAAGGUGGUGUAAAGGGUGCCAAGAAGGAGGACAAUUUGGCUAGUCUGUUAAGUGGUGCUGGUGCUGCUGGUACCGGCUCAGCUGUAUGGCAAGUCCGUGGUGGCGGUAGCAUGCUAUACUUCAACUCAACUAAAGCUUGGACUGGUGAUGGUGUUGGCGAUGCGAGCAACCUCCUGGGCGGAGGGGCGGUUGGAAGCUCUUCCGGGCUUAGCAAUAACGUGAGCUCCGGUGGCUUCUGGGAAGAACCCACGCAACCCAGCGUUGUAACUGCUGCUUCAAUUGUUGCCGCCGCCGGUAAGGCUACCGGUAAUAAUGCACGCAAACAGUCGUCUAAUGCCGGUGUGACCGCAACCGGUGGUGCGGCUGGUGGCAAGCAGCAGCAACAGCUUUUGAGCAAAAGUAAAACAAUGGGCAGCAUUACCACGAGCUCCUCGUCGACUGUGACCGCUGCCAAGCAACAGAAGCAACAACAGCAGCAGCAGGGCGCCCCGAAGGGAAGUAGUUCCUCGAAUGCCGGUAAAACCGUUGGCGGUAGUAAGAAUGGCAAUGUGACUGGCGGUAAUAAUGACCGUAAGGACGAUAGGAAGCAUCCGAACGAGCCGACCAAUGAAUUUACCGAUUGGUGUACUCGCGCCCUGAGCUCAUUAAACAGCAACGUUGACAUUCCAACAUUCGUCGGAUUUCUACAGGACAUCGAAUCACCGUUCGAGGUGAAGGAUUACAUCCGUGUAUACUUAGGAGAAAAUAAAGAGUGUUCGGAAUUUGCCAAGCAGUUCCUGGAAAGACGCUCGAAGUACAAAAAUCAGCAGCGCCAAAAGAAUGCCCACAUCGACGAUAUGUGCAAACCGGCACCAGCUAUAAACCCGUCAUCUAAUGAUUUCCAAGAAACCAAGGGUAAAAAUAAGAAAGUUAAAAAAAAUAAGAUGAUGAAACUCGAUAGCCGCAUUUUGGGCUUCUCCGUAACGGCUGCGCCGGAUCGACUGAACGUUGGAGAACGAGACUAUGGCGAUAAUGUUUAAAUGAUCGA